AGGAAGAAAAAAAAAACACUGGCGGCUGUUGGGCGAAUGUUUACCCAGCAAGUAUCGAGUGGUGGUGAGGGAAGUGACAGUCACACCGGAGCCUCGGUGUAUGGUAUCAACACAGGUGCUCGGCUUCCACGGUUGCAUUUUACAGCGGAAUGUUCACUCGAAGGGGCCAUGGAGACGUCAAGAAAUCUACACAGAAAGUUUUGGACCCAAAGAAGGAUGUUCUGACGCGGCUGAAACACCUGCGCUCGCUGCUGGAUAUUAUUGACAAGAGUGAGUUGAAGCCAUUCUUCGAGAGCAAUUGUUCACAGAUCUAUUUUAUCUUCUAUGAAAAUUUCAGUACACUGGAAAGCAAUGUAAAACAAAAAGGAAUCAAAUCUCUCAGGGAGGAGCUGGACUCCAUCCUCUUUAUUUUUGAACCAAUGCUAGCUGCCAUGACACCUCUGACUUGGAGAAGAACUGCAGCACAUUGUCAAAAUCCAUACAAAAUCCUGCAGUUUUUGCCGGAGAAAAUCUACAACCGGUGGCAGUUUCACAGUAUAGGCUCUAUUCUGAAAAAGCUUCUACACACUGGAAAUUCUUUCAAGAUCCGAUGUGAGGGGAUACGUCUCUUCUUGCUGUGGCUGCAAGCCUUGAGGGACAAUUGUGCUGAGGAGCAAUUCCUUAUCUAUGCCUGCCUGGUGCCAGGUUUCCCUGCAGUGCCCUCUUCCAGGGGGCCUUGUACCCUUGACACGAUCAUUUACAACCCUUUCUCCAACCCACCUGAUGCUAAGGUGGUGCCUGAAGAGAUCACGCCACUUGUCCCAGCUGUGUUGGGCGAGAAGAUAGCAGAUGACCAAACUUGUUACAUCCUCGAAACCCUUCUCAAGUUCAUGGUUACCCAGGCAUCCAGUUUAGAGUGGAGAAAUAAAGAAAACCUGGAGACAGGCUUCAGGUUUCUCUUCAGCCUGUUCAAGAAGUACUACCUUCCCCAUCUGUUUCCGUCCUUCACCAAACUCACAAAUCUCUACAAGCCUUUAUUAGACCUCCCACAUCAUAGACCAAAACCCUUAUAUGUGCCAGUGACAAGGAAUAACGAGAGCACCUACUGCACUCGGGACCAAUACCUGGCACCUCGUGUGGCUUUCAUCACCUGGCUGGUCACCUUCUUCCUCAAGAAGAAGUUCAUCACCAGUGCUACAGCAGCGCAGAACACCAAGAAUGGCCCUGAAGUCCUUCCAAAGCUCAUCCAAACUGUCACUGCAGGUGGUGGCUUCCAGGAGAAGGAAAAGGAGAAGAUGUCAGACGGGGACACAAACGGUCUCACGGGGGAGCCUGAGAAGUGCCACUCCAAUAGUAGCACACUCUCUGAUCGACGGCCCAGUGAUUCCAGUUUAUGUAGCAUUGAAGAGGAGCACCAGUAUGUCUAUGACAUGGUGCAAGCCAUCUUACUGUCCACCAGGGAUAAUGUGAAUUUUGUCAACGAGGUCUUCCACCAGGCUUUCUUGUUACCGUCCUGCGAGGCAUCUGCAACCAGGAAGGUGAUUAAAGUGUACCGAACGUGGAUACUACAGGACAAGCCCAGCUUUAUGACAGAGCCAGACAAAACUGCACAGGAAGAUGAAGUAGAUGAUGGCACUGAGCAGAUAAUCAAUGCAGAGAAUAAUAACAUCCAAGCACAGGUACUUGAGAGUCACGGCCACAAGCGAUCGUCAAGUUGGGGAAGGACCUACUCUUUUAGCAGCGCAAUCAGUCGAGGCUUUCUCACGGAGGAGCAGAACAGGGACAUCAAGGCAGGAAUCCAGCCCACACUACAGGUGUUCCUGACGAACUCUUCAAAUGUGUUCCUCCUUGAGCCAUGCCAAGACGUACCCAAGCUUUUGGAGAAUCAGGUUGAGGUGUGUAAGUGUGUCCUGAGCAUCUACCGGCACAUGAUCAUGGAGCACACAAUGGACACACAGACAUGGGAGCAGAUGUUACAGGUCCUACUGAGGAUAACAGAAGCAGUGAUGAAGAGGCCAUCAGAAAACCAAAGAAAAGACAGCUUCGCUGAAAGUCUGGCAUCAAUCCUUUUUCGGACCAUCAUUGUGGCAUGGGUGCGAGCCAACCUAUGUGUGUUCAUCUCUCGGGAGCUCUGGGAUGAGCUGCUUGCAGUCCUGUCCUCUCUGACUUAUUGGGAGGAGUUGGUGACCGAGUGGGCCAGCAUCAUGGACUCCUUGACGGCUGUCUUGGCCCGCUGUGUUUACGGCCUCGACAUGGCCAAUCUGCCUCUUGAUAAACUCAGUGAACAGAAGGAGAAGAAACAGCGAGCACGUGCAGGAAUGAUUCAGGACUCCCAGAAGGCAGCGGCAGUGGCACGUUACUUCUCUCUAAGUUGGAGGAAGCAAGGAGACCUUAGUGGUGCAGGAGUUCAGGAACCCAUGAGGAUUCGUUCUGCCACCACAUCGGGUGCCCCUGGUGUGGAGAAGGCCCGCAACAUUGUCCGACAGAAGGCUUCUGAUGUAGAAGAGAGUCAGCUGUCAGAAUGUGGGGAAGAGCUAGGAGGAGGAGAUAGCCCGCUUCCACGUAGCAGCAGCACCUCAGACAUUACGCAGCAACUCUCAGACACUUUACAAGCCCAGAAGAGAGAGCAUUCACCUACUUCCUGUGGUUAUGAUAAUGGACCAUAUGAGAGACAAGAGGCCAGUGAACCGCCAGUUAUCCUGAUCCGCCGAAGCAGCAGUCCAUCUGAAACAGAAAAUAAUGUUGAGGGGUACCAUCACCACGCAAGGGCCAAGCUCAGAGAGAAAAGUGAGAGUGUGAGCAGCGAGACAUCAAAUGGCUGCCUCAACGAAACUGAAAUCACCUGGCAGGUGUUUGACGAGGAGCCUGAAAGUCAGUCCACCCAUUCAACCCACAUGGAUGUGACCACUGACCCACAAAGCCAGCGCAGUUUGCUGCUCAGCCACUAUGAGGCUUUAGCAGGUCCUGAGUUCUCUCCCCACUCUUCACCCCCUCCCCAACACCACAACCACUUCCACUACCCUCAGAAACCCCCCGCCUCCCCAGCCCUCGUGGUGCACACUGAGUGCCCGCAGGAUUGCCCCCUGGAUGACAACAUUCAUCAGUCUGUCUUACAUAUGCCACACCACUUGGAUAGCAGUGAAUGUCUGACUGAUGAUGUCAGCAUAAUAGCGGGUGGGACCCUGACAGGAUGGCAUGCUGAUUCAGCUUUUGUCCUUUGGCGGAGGAUUUUGGGUAUCCUCGGAGAUGUCAACAACAUCAGAUGCCCAAAAAUUCAUGCUAAAGUCUUUUCUUAUCUCUAUGAGCUCUGGCAAAAACUUGCUAAGAUUCGAGACAACCUUGGAAUCAGUGUGGACAACCAAUCUUCUCCUCCCCAGCCAACUUUCAUUCCUCCCCUCCGUAUGUUCGCUUCCUGGCUCUUCAGGGCCACCAUGCUACCAGCAGAAUACAAAGCAGGGAAACUUCAGGCCUAUAAGAUGAUCUGUGAGAUGAUGACAAGACACCAGGAUGUCCUCCCUAACAUUGACUUCCUUGUGCACCUCUACCACAUCAUGCACAAAGGCUUUACUAGCAAUGAUCAGGAUGCUUUGAACACCAUUAUCCGUUCCUGUUCUCCAAGAUUCUUCUUCCUCAGCCUACCAGGCUUCACAAUGCUGAUCGGAGAUUUCAUCACUGCUGCUGCCCGCGUUCUCAGUUGUGACUCUUCAGAGGCUCCCAGGAUGGAAGCUCAAACAAUUCUUGGCUCAUUAGUAUGUUUCCCAAAUCUUUACGUCCACAUUCCAGUCCUGCGAAGUGUUACAGGCUCUGAUGACAUUCUUGUAGGAAAUGAGGAUAUCAAGGAUUAUCUUGUCAAUAUCCUGCUUGAGGCUGCAACAAAGGAACACUGUGAAGGGGCCAGGUGUAUUGCUGUCUGCAGCUUGGGCCUGUGGGUGUGCGAGGAACUGAUGCAAGCAGAUAUCCAUGAUCAGGUGAAAGACGCCAUCAACGUUCUGGGAGUAACACUUAAGUUCGGAAACAAAGCUGUGGCUCAGGUAGCCUGUGACGUGUUUCAGCUGCUCAUCUCUCACUGGGAGCCUCUCCAAAAUGUGGAGCCAACUCUACCGAAGAAAAUCAUUGAGAUAUUUGUGGCCACAAUAGCCUUUUUGUUGCCGAGUGCUGAGCACUCAACAGUGGAAGCUGACAAAAAGUUGGUGGUGUCCUUACUGCUGUGUCUAUUGGACUGGUGCAUGGCUGUUCCCUUGAGUCUGUUGUUGGAAACUAUUACCUCAUCUUUGCCAGGGGACAACACAUCCUGCAAGGCCCCGCUACUGGAUUACAUCUACAGGGUGCUGCACUCUUGUGUGUCAGGCUCCAACCUCUACACCCAACAGAGCCAUUACCUCCUCAGCCUGGCAGAUUUGCCAACUGAUUACAAUCUUAUGUUGGGACAGGUGAAGAGUUUUGAGCCACCAUCCUCCCAGACGACCACUACUGACUUCCGCAGCUUGCUCACCGUAGCAGAAGAAAAGCGGCGUCGGAGCAUGGAGCUGAUUCCCCUGACAGCGCGGAUGGUUAUGACACACCUGGUGAAUCAUUUGGGCCAUCAUCCAUUAAAUGGAGGCCCAGCACUCCUCCAUAGCUUAGUGAGCGAAAAUCAUGACAACCCAUAUGUGGAGUCGUCCGAACUGUCCUCAGAGGUCUUCAAAAGCCCCAAUCUUCAGCUCUUUGUUUUCAAUGAUACCACACUGGUGUCCUACCUGCAGAUUCCCGCAGAGACCCCUAGUGUCGGACAGCCCCCCCACCCGUCCUCCCAGGUGCGCAUCAUUGUCCGUGACAUUUCAGGUAAAUAUUCCUGGGAUGGGACAAUCCUGUUUUCAACCACCCAGGAAAACUGCAGGGAUAUUGGUGUCUUUAAUUCAGCCGAUCACACAUUUGCAACCACCGCUACUGCCGCACACAGCAAAACUCCGUCCAGUUCUCCAACAAGAGGACCGUCCAAGUAUCAUUUCUCAAGCUCCAAUUCCGUCCCGGACUCCUGCGAUGUGGAGGAAGUAGAUCAUCUCAAUAAACUUUUAGAGAGUCUUGGCCAGAGCAGCCCAGAAUGCCUCCCGCAAUCUCAACUCCAGUUAAAUCAGCCGGCCUCCUCACCCUUGGGCAUGAACCUUGAGCAUGAAAGUGUCAUUCUCAGCGCCAUUCUUCGUCAGACUCAGCAAGAGGAGGAGCAAGUGAGAAAGUGGGAUGCUGAUGUGAGCUUUCGUGCCUCCUGCCAGAGGGAACCAUCCCAGCAGGAACCCAAGGCACCUUUUUAUUAUUGUCGGCUGCUGCUCAAUGACCUUGGCAUGAACUCCUGGGACCGAAGGAAAAGUUUCCAUUUGCUGAAGAAGAACUCCAAGCUCUUAAGAGAACUAAAGAACUUGGAUUCUCGACAAUGCCGAGAGACACACAAGAUCGCCGUAUUCUACAUUAGCGAGGGCCAAGAAGACAAGUGCUCCAUCCUGUCAAACAGUGCCGGCAGCCAGGCUUAUGAAGACUUUGUUUCUGGGCUCGGAUGGGAGGUGGACUUGGCCACACACUGUGGCUUUAUGGGCGGCCUCCAGAGAAAUGGCAGCACAGGACUAACAGCUCCCUACUUUGCUACCUCUACUGUCGAAGCCAUCUUCCAUGUCUCUACGCGUAUGCCAUCUGAUUCUGAUGACUGCCUCACCAAGAAGCUUCGUCACCUUGGAAAUGACGAGGUACACAUAGUGUGGUCAGAGCACAACAGGGAUUAUCGGCGUGGCAUCAUUCCAACUGACUUUGGAGAUGUGCUAAUUGUCAUCCACCCAAUGGAGAACAACUUGUAUUUCAUCCAAAUCAUGAAAAAAACACAGGUUCCCUUCUUUGGGCCUCUAUUUAACUGUGCCAUCAUCAAUGGGAAGCUCCUGCCAAGCUUAGUGCGGGCCACUUGCAUCAAUGCCAGUAGAGCUGUCAAAUCCCGUCUGACUCUCUACCAGAGUUUCUAUGAAGAGAGGGCACUCUACCUGGAAGCCAUUGUCCAGAAUCACAGAGAGGUCAUGACAUUUGAAGACUUCGCCUCGCGGGUGUUUUCUCCCUCGCCUGGAUAUCCAACAAGUGGAACAGGUUCCCUCUUGAGCAGCGCAAACACUGAAGUCUCCGCCCACUCCUCUGCUGCAGCUACAUCGACAGACACUGUUGACCAGGCCUCCCCCACAAUGCCCUGGGCCCCGAGGAGCCGAGUCUCCGGAAGACUCCGCCGAUCGGCUAGCGCAAUAAGCAAAUCGUCCAACUAAGCUGAAACGUGGCCUCUCAUUCUUGUCAUUAGCCCCUAAGCUCUUUCCGCCACUUUGACUGUGAGCGGUGUCAUUUUUUUUCCCUUUUCUCUUGUGUCCUCUAAUGCAUUUGAGGAAAGCAAUCUUUCUAGGUAAUGGCAGACGUUAUUUCCUGUAGCUCCUUUUUUGUACGUCUUGAGGUUUCAGUAUCAGAUGUUGGCUUCCAUUUAAAAACCUAAACCUGCCUUUUUGUCAACUUCCCUUUUGCGUGUAUGAUGAAGGUGCCACGCGUGUGUUGUGGGGCCCCCAAGCCAAGUUUUAGGCAAACUCGGCUGCUGUUUGGAAGCCAAUUUUAAUGCAACACAAGCAGCAGCAGCAGCUUGUUUUUAAAGCUAGAGUGGACUUUCGGUGACAUCUUUCUAACUUGAGUGGAACUGAAAGUUGUUGGAUUUUUUUUUUUUUUUUUAAUCACUCUAAUGUUCCUCUUUUAAAUGGAUUCAGAUAGAUUGUGUCAUGGUUUGAUUUAUGCAACUCUACUGGAAUGAGAAAAGACUACGUUUGUAAUUGCAUUGUGAUGUUGUUAACAUGGGUCCGCGUCCGGUAAUUGAAUAAGUUCCUGCUGUCUCUUUCCUCCUCGAUUAGUUUCCCUGUCCUGUGACAUCGACAUUCCACCAUUCAAGCCAUUGAUUUUUUUUUUUUUUGGUGGGCUUUUUUUCCCCCCUUGGCUCAACUAGCAUUUCAUGUCCUGAGAUGUACAUUACUUUCAAUUUCAUUUCCACUUGUAUGUUUUCUUAGAUUGUAAAUAGCGAUUCCUAUUUGAUGGAUUAUUUUUGCUGUCAUGUUUUCCGUUUCCUUAUCUUUGACAAUUCCCGCCGGAGCCUCGGGGCAAAGCUUCUCUGCGUGCACUGAUAUGUGUGUCUGCGAGACAUCUCCUUACUGUGCCUGUGUAUCGUCUGUCCUCUCUGUUGCUGUCCCUUUGCCGUUUGAAGCGAAACAUGGCCGCUCUUCAACUUUGUCCUCUUUGGCGUGGUUUUACCUCUCCCCUGCGACCCGCAGCAAAAACACUAGCAGAUGCAUUUGAAAUGCAGGCUCCUCCUAAUUAUAGGUGCUGGGCUUCUCCCUCUUGUCUUUACCUGUGAAUGGAAUCAAGUGGCUCCUCCUCCUCCUCGGGAUUCACAAGCUGGAGUUUGGCAUGGCAUGCCUGAGGUGAACCCUCAGAGGCCUCCAAGCAACAGCCUGGCCAACGCUCCCGCCUCUCCAAGCUGCUCGGGUUGCCGUGGCAACCAGGUGUUUUUUGUUGUUUUUUUCACACACACACAUACAGUUACACACUUUGCUGAUCUCUGAGGACUCCUACCAGGCUACAAGCUUAUCCCCAUCUGGUACUUUAAUAUGCCUUACUUUUCCACCCGUCCUCCUCGCACUUCUCAUCAGCUGCUCUGCUCGUUAGCUGAUGGAUUAAAAGAUGAAGCCAGAGAGGUUUUUGUUCUUUUUGGAUUUUGAAGGGGAAGAAUGUAUGAAUUCCUGCAGUCAAUGCUUUCUACUUCCCUCUAAAAGCCACUGGAAAUAAACAUGGAAAGAUUGUAGCGUUGUCGUGAUGAUGAUGCCUGUGCAGUUCUUGUUAAUGGCUGAGUCAUUGCGGGUGGACCAAGACAAAAUGUUAGAGAAGAAAAUAAAUGUGAUGGGGGGGGUUUCCCCUCCUCAUUUUAACAUUUCUUGUUUGUACACGGUGUCAAAUUUGAGGGCUAGAGCAUCUUCCUAAUAUAAAUACAUACACACCUGUAAUAUAUUCUUUGUCUAAGAUCCAGAGGGCAUUUAACGAGGGGAAAAAAAGCUUGAAGAUUUAAUCUCUCAUCAACGUUAUCGGGCUGUUUUUAAAUCAGUUAUCUUUUAUUAGCGAUGUGAAAAGUGGAAAAUUUCAUUAAAUGCAAUUUGAAAUUGUA